AUGUUCGCCACUACCAUACGACGAGCUUCAAGUGUCUCUACUGGUCCUCUCCGCGAGGCAAGCGCGUCCCUGCUUCCGCCUAUUCAGUUGUACAGAGGCAUACUGCGCGGGCACAGGUAUCUUCCACCAGAGAUGAGAAGUCUGGGGGACGACUAUGUGAAGGCUGAGUUUCGGAGACACCGCAAGGUCGAUAACCCACUGCAUAUCAUCGCUUUCUUGACGGAGUGGAAGCUAUACCUUGACCAACUACCGAAGGAUGAGGGCAGCGUCAACUUCUCGGGGCGGAAACUCGACCCUAUGUUGAUUGAGAAGAUGUCCGCCGAGCAGUUGGGGCAGCUAUACGAGCUGAUGCAUGCAACGAAGGACGUGUGGAAGCCUGCUAGCCAGGACUUAGGCGAGUCAGAACCUGGUCACCAGUGA